AUGUACCGUCGUCAAGUAACUCAGGACAGCAGAUGCAAGGUGUGUGGAAAUGCAGAGGAAACAACAGGACAUGUGCUUUGGCAGUGUCAUCAUGCUAAGGAGGUGUGGAAUGAGGUGGGUCUUGCAAAAGAUCACGUCAUGGAUAGUUGCCCUGAAUUCUUAGAUCUGCUGUGGUAUGGUUGUAAUUUUAAAAAGUGGUCGGAGGAGGAUAUCGGGUUGAUGGUCAUGACGGCGUGGGGUAUUUGGACAAACUGGAAUGAGGUCCGGCAUGGAAGGAGUAGAAAGCCAGCCACUAUUCGUGCUCGGUGGACAAAAAAUUACUUGGAGCAGUAUUUAACAGCCAACCAUGAAGUUCAACCUUACCGUGAAUCUGUGGAAGCAGUGUGGCAACUCCCUAAACCACCCUGGUACAAGGCGAACAUGGACAGUGCGACUUUUGAACAACAGAAGGAGGUUGGUAUCGAAGUUGUUAUCCGGGAUCACCAUGGUGUAGUUGUGGCGGCGUUGAGUAAGAAGUCGACAGCUCCACUGGGUGCUCUCGAGAUGGAAGCUAAGGCCAUGGAAGAAGCAGUUGAGUUUGCUUGGAAUAUGGGAAUCAGGGAUUGUGUGUUUGAGAGUGAUGCACAAAUAGUAAUGAAUGCCAUGCUUCACCUCACUGAACUACCUUCGUCCAUUGCAAAUAUCAUAGCUGGUGUCGUGUCCCAUCUUCACAGGUUUCGGUCUGUCCAGUUCAGUCAUGUACCGUGCACUGGAAACAAAGUAGCCCACACGUUGGCACAGUAUGCCAGAGGUGUGUCGUCCUUGCAUGCAUGGGUAGAAGAAACACCAAGUUGUAUUGAAAACCUGGUGACCCAAGAUGUAACGUUUUUGUCAUGUUCUGAAUAA